AUUACAUACAAUAAAACAUGCCUUGUAAAGAAAUAACAAUUGAGGAAGUGUACGCAAGUGAUAGUAAAUUGAAGAAGGAAGACGUCAACGCAUUAUUGGAAUGGAAUGAUAAACAAUACCAUUUACCAGAAAUUACAGAAUUACAGGCCGCUCUUUUCCUCCAUAGUUGUUAUUACAGCAAUGAAGCAGCUAAAGCUACUAUUGAUACUUAUUUUACUGUAAGAACUUUGUGUCCCGAUAUGUUUGGAUCAAGAACCCUAAAUCAUAAGCCGUUAGAGGAAGCUAUAGAUACUGCUGUACUUACAGCUCUUCCAAAACAAACUCCAUCGGGUGAUACUGUAAUUAUAGGAAAGUUAAUGGAUGCAAACUCAGCUCAUUACAAUCCUCCUGAACAAUGUAAACUAUUCGAUGUUAUAACUUUACUCAAUUUACACGAAAAAGGCCCAAUGAAUGGGGUUCAAAUCAUAAUUGACAUGAGCCAAUCAACAUUCGGGCAUUUUCUCAAAGUUAGUCCUGUACUUAUGAAAAAGCUUUUAUAUUAUUUGCAGGAAGGAAUGCCUAUACGACUAAAAAAGAUACACUUAAUCAAUAUAGUCUCAUUUGUUGAUAAAGUUUUAGCUUUAGUGAAACCUUUUAUGAAAAAAGAACUUUUUGACUCUCUAGCUAUUCAUUCUGAAAUCAAGACACUUUAUACAGACAUUCCCCAAGAUAUACUUCCUGCAGAAUAUGGUGGUAGUUAUGAAUCUUGCACGGUUAUACAAGAAAAUAUUAAGAACAAAAUAAGAGAUUUUGAAAGCCUUUUGAAAUUUCAAGAAAAUCAACUUGUGGACGAAUCCAAGCGACAAGGAGCAACCAAAAACGCCGAAGAUCUGUUUGGAAUCGAGGGAAGCUUCAAAAAAUUAGAAGUAGACUGAUUCGGGUAUAUAUUGUUUACUAUGAUCUCUUUAAAUAAAAGUAAUAAAAUAAUAACAAAAAAGGGUGAUUGUAGACCAAAGUAUGU